AUGGAUAGUCGAUUGGCUCAGACACACUCACCGAGCCCUGAUGCUCUAGGGCGUUAUGACGAUAUCCCAGGGGCAACCCCGAGAGAGAGGGUACAGAAUGCUCACGCUCGAUUACGUGCCACCGCCAGUGCUACGUCUAAUCCAAUGAUCAGCGCUAGUGCAACGCCCUCAUCAGCCGGUGAUAUCGACCCUGCCCCGGUGGCACCAAUCCCAGAGACGACGGCGCCAUUGAGUGUUCGGACGCAUGAGGAUCAUGUCAAGCGUCCUGCACCGGUAACCGAAGACCAUGAGGCGGCUGCCGAUAUAGUUGUCCCACCUGCUUUGCUCUUCCCAGAACAGCCAGAAGUGCAGACUAUCCAACCGAGUGCGAUAUUCGACGAGGCAGAGACUGUUGUCCCUGGCUCGCUAAAGCUGGGCCCAUCUGAAUUUGCAAUAUCUUUACCGAUGGACUCCAGGAGCAAAGAUGAAUACGAGCGAGCUUUCGCUGAACAUUCACAUUCUGUUAAGGUGCUUCUCGCCGGAUUCAAAUCUACCGAUGGAGAUAUUGUGCCUGACAUUGAGCAGGGUCAAAUAUUGGCAGACAUUCGAACACUUCUUGAAAAGCUUGACAAUAUCGCUCUUCACACUGACCUGAACAUCGCAGAACACGUAAAGCAAUCGCAAUUCGACCCUCAGAAAGAAGCAUCAUGGGCCGAAUACACAAGCGCCAAGUUCCUUUUACUAGGCCACCUUAUUGAAAUUGCCGGCGCACAAGAUCUACAUAUCAUUGUCAUGACAAAAGCGGGAAAGGGCGUGGAGCUAGUCGAGCGAUAUUUUCUAGGCAAGGCCUUUACGUAUACUCGACCACGCGAAGAAAUGCAUGGCAACAUCGAAGUGUCAAUGCAAAGCGGGCCACUUAGCGUUGGCAUACACGCUACAAACCACGAUGCUAUCAUAGAGACAUACCGACCACCAGCAGCUAUUCUUGCGCUGGACUCGUCCUUUAAUACGCUGAGCCCUUCUGUAGGGCAUCUAAGAUCUACCUACGCGCGCAAUGGAAACUUGCUUCCUGUUGUUCAUUUGAUCAUUUCAAAUAGCAGCGAGCACAUCCAACGGUGUUUACCCGACCUCCCAGAAACUCAGCGAUUAAUGCUCCUCGUACACAUUGUUGAUAGCCUCCGUGACCUUCUCGGUGAUCUCCAGGAUGAUGCGUUAAGUGUGCAGGAGGACGCCGAGGAACUCUUCACUUAUCUCUUAUCUGAGAACUUUAAAGCGAGCUGGAAUAUCCCUACUAUCGAGCCUCUUCAUAUUCUUGUUUCUGAUUCUCUGGAACCUCAAAAUUCUCUCAGUGCUUUCGAUGCACCGCAACCAUCUGCCGCCGGAUUGUCUAUGAACAAGCGGUUAUUUGAUUCAAUGGAUACCGAUUCACAAGAUACCAAGAGGCAGCGUCUACACGUGUCACAGGAAGCUAGUCAAGUCACAGAUUCUAGCCCCAGUGGAAGUCAAAACUUGGACUUGAUUACGAAACUGACAGCGUUCGAGAAUAAAUUAGUAGAAAUGAAAUCGAACCAUGCUGCUGAGAUUGAUCGGCUGCAGACUACCUUGUCUUCAUUAGAGGAUCGGUCUGCGGAGCGAGAUAAAGGAUGGGAAGUUUUACAGCAUCGAUACGAAUCUCGCACUAAAGAAGUGCACCAAACUCGACAGGAGCGUGACAAACUGGUGACAGAGAAGACCAAAACCGAACAAAAGUUAGCUAGACAACAAGAUGAAAUCACCAAGCUGAAGGAUGAGCGUACACAGUUGAAACAAGACUUGGAAGCUGCAAGGAAUGACCUGAAAGCAGAAGGCGGAAUGAAGGAAGAACUAGAGAAUGCGCGCGAGGAAAUCCGCAAACUUACCAUCAGCAAUGCCAGUCUGGAGCGGAAGACCGAAUACGAGAGGAAGCAAGCUGAAUAUACCCGCGAGCAAUACCAGAACGCGUCCAAUGCAGCCGCACAGUCUGGUAAUGAAAUCCGCCAGCUGAAGGAAGAAAAUGCAGAGAUCAAGAAUAAACUUGCUGCAGAGGCGGUCAAAUUGCGGGAAAUACGAGCGCAAACCGAUGAAACUAGACACACAGCGCGCAUCAAGGAGUUAGAGCAAGCCCUCGAAUCUCGAGAGACCCUGCUCCGGCGUAAGGAGGAGGAACUUCGCAAUCUUCGCAACAACCGCCCAACGACGCGAGCCACAAGCACACAACCUCGCAGUCCCAAGUGGGGGAAUGGAAGUCGUCCAACUAGUCCUGGCAUUAAUAAUGGGCGGUUUAGCAAUUUGCGCUUCAGUUCUGAGAUGUCGUUUUGA